UCGCGGCUGUCGUAAGCCCAAGUCGGGUCCUCCCCCCCCACCCCAUCCCCGCCCGCCCUCCCGAGUCCCAGGACUCCGGCGGAGCCAUGGCGGGCCCGGGCCCGGGGGAUCAGGACGAGCACUACGAUUUCCUGUUCAAGCUGGUGUUGGUGGGCGACGCGAGCGUGGGCAAGACGUGCGUGGUGCAGCGCUUCAAGACCGGUGCCUUCUCCGCGCGUCAGGGCAGCACCAUCGGCGUCGACUUCACCAUGAAGACGCUGGAGAUCCAGGGCAAGCGGGUCAAGCUACAGAUUUGGGACACGGCUGGCCAGGAGCGGUUCCGAACCAUCACCCAGAGCUACUACCGCAGUGCCAAUGGGGCCAUCCUUGCAUAUGACAUCACCAAGCGGAGCACCUUCUUAUCAGUGCCUCACUGGAUUGAGGACGUGAGGAAGUAUGCAGGCUCCAACAUCGUGCAGCUGUUGAUUGGGAACAAGUCAGACCUUGCCGAUCUCCGGGAAGUCCCGCUGUCGGAAGCACAGAGCCUGGCCGAGCACUAUGACAUCCUGUGUGCCAUCGAGACCUCUGCCAAGGACUCCAGCAAUGUGGAGGAGGCCUUCACCAGAGUGGCCACUGAACUCAUCAUGAGGCAUGGAGGCCCCAUGUUCAGUGAGAAGAGCACCGACCACAUCCAGCUGGACAGCAAGGACAUUGCAGAGAACUGGGGCUGUGGGUGCUGACUGGGGUGGGGGGCAGGGCAGGCAGGCCGAGACCUCUUCCACCUCCACCAGCUUCGGCCAGUCAAGCCCUACCCU